GGCGUCCUCAACCGGAAAUUCGAAAGGGAUACCAAAAAGUUUCUGGCUUCGUUCCAAUAGACAUGUCUUCUCUGUUUGCAAGUUAAAGAUCAGCAGCGUGGCGACAAUGUCUCAAGUUUCGUUGAUUAUUCUUACCGUGUACUUCUUGUCCGUCCGCCGGUACUGCAUCAGACAGUGAAUUUCCAGCAAUCUUAAAAACCAGUUUGGACCGUAUUUUAUCAACCAUCUUUCAUUCAACAAAGUUGUUCGAAAAAGCUGGACAUUCCAUAUUAGCGAUUUCCUAUAUUUGAAGUUCAUCAAAAAAUAUUGUAAAGAAUAUAAAUCGUAAAUGACGGAGCGCUAUGAAUCGCCCGAAGUAAAGAUCACACUGACCAAAGAAGAGAUUCACAAGAGAUAUCAAGACACAGCUCUGACCAUAUUUAAGGAGCAAGAAAAUAAAGAGGAAGCUGUAAAUUAUUUGACUUUUGGAACGAGUCGCAGAACCAUGGAGUACAGCAGCUACGGAAAUCAUCCUGUUAUUGUGCGGAGACCAGCCGGUUCUUUGGUAACGCGUAAUAAUAGUACCAUAUCCUCGCAAAUAUUAAGAAUAUAUCAAAAACCACGAGAUAGCUGUGCGAUAAAUUAAUUUAUAAUUCAACUAUGGCUGGUUAUGAUUGCAAAUUAAAUAAUCAUAUUUUUAUCUUAUA